AUGGCGUACCUGGUAAUUGAUAUCAACACUUUCUUUGGAAACGAAAUCAAGGAGCUGCAAGACUUUAGGGCUUUAGCAGAUAAAGCAUGGCAGCAAAUAAACAUUCAUUCGCUUCAUACACCUAGAAGUGGAAGAGCUACUUUCUACGGGACACUCAUCCAUGAAAGUGUGCUCUGCAGUUGUGCAUCCCCUCCAACUUGCCCUCCAGGUCCCCGUGGGGUGCACGGGCUUCUCGGCUUACCCGGCAAGGAUGGCGCACCUGGUCGACCGGGAGAGCCUGGAAUGGAUGUGAUAAUCAUUGUCAAAAGGGUUGACACUAAUAUAUGCUUUGAAUGCCCCGCUGGGAAACUAGGCGAGAAGGGUCCGCUCGGUCCCCCGGGGCCACCGGGGCCAGAGGGAAAGCCUGGGAGGAAAGGAGAGGCACAGACAGGGCCAACUGGACCACUAGGACCUAUGGGAGAACCCGGCCCAGUGGGAAAAGCAGGCCCACCUGGAAAACAAGGGGCCGCAGGAAAAAACGCUAAGCACGGAAUCGGAAAGAAGGGAGCGCCUGGCCCGGGUGGACCUAUGGGACCCGGCGGCCAGCCCGGAAAACAAGGUGAGCCUUCUCCAGCAGGAAAACCAGGUCCACUCGGAGCAGCAGGAGAGCCUGGCGUCUCAGGCAAGGCAGGACCACCUGGGAAACAAGGAAAACGAGGACGCCGCGGAAGACACGGUGGUAUACCUUUGUGUUUUUGUGAACAAGUUCCAAGUGAGGAGCCUAUAAAGAAACUUCCGCAAAGGAUACAUUUUACUGGGAAUCUGCUCAGUAUUGCACCAAGGAAGAAAGUAAAGAAGAUCAAAAAUCAGAGUGAAAGAAUGAAGCAAAAGUAUGGACUCAAGUGGGCAUUAGCUAAAAAUAACUAG